AUGGCAAAAGCAACUUACAUUGCUAUUGUUUCAAGUCCUGGUUACACCCACCUGGUCCCAAUAAUUGAGUUCAGCAAGCGACUCAUCAACCAUCGCCCAAAUUUUCAUGUCACAUGCAUCGUUCCCUCACUUGGGCCACCCCCAGAAUCCUCCAAAGCUUACCUUCAAACUCUUCCUUCAAACAUUGACACCAUCUUGCUUCCUCCUGUUAACAAAGAUCAGUUACCCCAGGGUGUGCACCCAGUAUUCCUUAUUCAAGUCACUACUAUGCGUUCUCUGCCAUCAAUACAUGAGGUCCUGAAAUCAUUGUGCUCCAAAGCCCCUUUAACAGCGUUGGUGGUUGAUGUUUUUGCGUAUAAGGCUGCGGAGUUUGCAAAGGAGUUCAAUGCCCUGUCCUAUUUUUACUUCCCUAGUUCAGCUAUGACAUUGUCACUGCUUAUACACGGGCCAAAUCUUGAUAAGGAAGUUUCAGGUGAAUUCAAGGAUUUAACUGAACCUAUAAAGUUUCCAGGUUGUGUACCAUUCAUGGGGGUUGAUCUUCCGGAUCCAGCCCAAAAUCGAUCAAGUGAAAUUUACAAACAUUUUCUUGAACGUGCUAAAGCGAUUGGUACAGCUGAUGGGAUCGUGAUCAACACGUUCUUAGAAAUGGAACCAGGUGCUAUAAGAGCUUUGGAGGAGUUUGGAAAUGGGAAGAUCAGAUUGUACCCUGUGGGUCCUAUUACACAGAAAGGGUCAAGGAAUGAGGUUGAUGAGUCUGAUAAGUGUUUAAGGUGGUUGGACAAGCAGCCACCUUGUUCAGUGUUGUAUGUUUCUUUUGGAAGUGGUGGAACACUCUCUCAACAACAAAUCAAUGAGCUAGCUUGGGGUUUGGAAUUGAGUGGUCAAAGGUUCUUGUGGGUUUUGAGAGCACCAAACAAUUCUGCAAGCGCUGCAUAUCUUCAGGCUGCAAAGGAGGACCCUUUGCAAUUCUUACCAAGCAGGUUUUUGGAAAGGACAAAGGAGAAAGGUUUGGUUGUGCCUUCAUGGGCACCUCAGGUUCAGAUCCUUAGUCAUAAUUCAGUUGGUGGGUUCUUAACCCAUUGUGGUUGGAACUCGACUUUGGAGAGUGUCCAAGAGGGAGUGCCUCUAAUAACAUGGCCACUCUUUGCAGAGCAGAGGAUGAAUGCAGUGAUGUUAACCGAUGGUCUUAAUGUGGCAUUGAGGCCAAAGUUUAACGAGGAUGGCAUAGCGGAGAAGGAGGAAAUUGCAAAGGUGAUAAAGUGUUUGAUGGAAGAAGAAGAAGGUGCAGGAAUGCGUGAAAGGAUGAGGAAUUUAAAAUAUUGUGCUGCUAAUGCACUCAAGGAUGGUUCUUCAACACGUACCCUGUCUCAGUUGGCUAACCAUUGGGAAAGUUUAAGUGAGAUUUAA